AUGGCACCCUCAGCCCCACCACAACCUCGACCGCCACGCAGAGUGAUCAAAGAAGAAGACGAAUGUCCCGUCUGCGGGAUCGAAAUGCCAGCUGCUCCGGCACGCCUUCCUCAACCACCACGGCUAUGGGUCCGCCGCCCCCUUCUCGGCCUUCACCUUUACCCGCGGAUCACGAUUCAGCCCUCUCCACUUCCGCCUCUUCAUCCCUGCCCUCCGCCUCCACGCCCCCAACAACAACAACAACAGCAACAGCAACAACCACAACCACAAACCCCUCCUCCAACCCCACCCGCGCAAGAGCGCCCUCCCACCGCCCCCAACGCGGCAUGGCACUCUACCGCGCCACGGAAAAAGACUGCCUGGACGCCGAAACGGGGGAACAAGUUGAGUGCGUGA